UCAGACAACUCGCCCCCCGCCCUCCGCCCCCUCCACGUAAUUCUGAAAGAGCAGAAUAAAGAGGAGAAAAAGAAAAAGGAGAGCUAGUACCCGAGAGCCGGAGCCCGGAAAAAAAGCUGAAAAGGACGGAAGGGAAGGAAAGGAAAAGGAUGGACAGCUACAAAACGCAGCGAUUGCGGAAAUUUUCCAGCGCCAUUGGCUCGGCAGCGUGAGUUCUUCGGUCGGGCGUGAUUUCAGCACCGGGGGGACUGGACAGCACCCCGGGGGACUUCUGGGCAACCUGCAGCCACUGCAAGAACUCCACCGGCCGCCUCAGCUGCAGAAGCCGCCGAAAACCCUGCUUUGUAUCAGAGAGGCAAGGAUGGUCGCUGUUACUUUGUGAUGAGAUCGGGGAUGAAUUGCUCGCUUUAAAAAUGCUGCUUUGGAUUCUGUUGCUGGAGACGUCUCUUUGUUUUGCCGCUGGAAACGUUACAGGGGACGUUUGUAAAGAGAAGAUCUGUUCCUGCAAUGAGAUAGAAGGGGACCUACACGUAGACUGUGAAAAAAAGGGCUUUACAAGUCUGCAGCGUUUCACCGCCCCGACUUCCCAGUUUUACCAUCUAUUUCUGCAUGGUAAUUCCCUCACUCGACUUUUCCCUAAUGAGUUUGCUAACUUUUAUAAUGCGGUUAGUUUGCACAUGGAAAACAAUGGCUUGCAUGAAAUCGUUCCUGGGGCUUUUCUGGGGCUGCAGCUGGUGAAAAGGCUGCACAUCAACAACAACAAGAUCAAGUCUUUUAGAAAGCAGACUUUUCUGGGGCUGGACGAUCUGGAAUACCUCCAGGCCGAUUUUAAUUUAUUACGGGAUAUAGACCCCGGGGCCUUUCAGGACUUGAACAAGCUGGAGGUACUCAUUUUAAAUGACAAUCUCAUCAGCACCCUACCUGCCAAUGUGUUCCAGUAUGUGCCCAUCACCCACCUCGACCUCCGGGGAAACAGGCUGAAAACGCUGCCCUAUGAGGAAGUCUUGGAGCAAAUCCCUGGCAUUGCUGAGAUUCUGCUAGAGGAUAACCCGUGGGACUGCACCUGUGAUCUCCUCUCCCUGAAAGAAUGGCUGGAAAAUAUUCCCAAAAAUGCUCUGAUCGGCCGAGUUGUCUGUGAAGCCCCCACCAGACUGCAGGGGAAAGACCUCAAUGAAACCACAGAACAGGACUUGUGUCCUUUGAAAAACCGAGUGGAUUCCAGUCUCCCGGCGCCCCCUGCCCAAGAAGAGACCUUCGCUCCUGGACCCCUGCCAACUCCUUUCAAGACAAAUGGGCAAGAGGAUCAUGCCACCCCAGGGUCUGCUCCAAACGGAGGUACAAAGAUCCCAGGCAACUGGCAGAUCAAAAUAAGACCCACUGCUGCGAUAGCGACCGGCAGCGCCAGAAACAAACCCCCAGCCAACGGCUUGCCCUGCCCCGGGAGCUGCAGCUGCGACCACAUCCCAGGGUCGGGUUUAAAGAUGAACUGCAACAACCGGAACGUGAGCAGUUUGGCUGAUUUGAAGCCCAAGCUCUCCAACGUGCAGGAGCUUUUCCUUCGAGAUAACAAGAUCCAUAGCAUCCGAAAAUCUCACUUUGUGGAUUACAAGAAUCUCAUUCUGUUAGAUCUGGGCAACAAUAACAUUGCUACCAUAGAGAACAACACUUUUAAGAACCUUUUGGACCUCAGGUGGCUGUAUAUGGAUAGCAACUACCUGGACACGCUAUCCCGGGAGAAAUUCGCCGGGCUGCAAAACCUCGAGUACCUGAACGUGGAGUACAAUGCAAUCCAGCUCAUCCUUCCUGGCACUUUCAAUGCUAUGCCCAAACUGAGGAUCCUCAUUCUCAAUAACAACUUGCUGAGGUCCCUUCCCGUGGACGUGUUCGCUGGGGUUUCGCUCUCUAAGCUCAGCCUGCACAACAAUUACUUCAUGUACCUUCCGGUGGCAGGGGUGCUGGACCAGUUAACCUCCAUCAUCCAGAUAGACCUGCACGGAAACCCUUGGGAGUGCUCCUGCACCAUUGUGCCUUUUAAGCAAUGGGCAGAACGCCUGGGUUCCGAAGUGCUGAUGAGCGACCUCAAGUGUGAGACGCCGGUGAACUUCUUUAGGAAGGAUUUCAUGCUUCUCUCCAAUGACGAGAUCUGCCCCCAGCUGUACGCGAGGAUCUUGCCCACGUUAACUUCGCACAGUAAAAACAGCACUGGGUUGGCGGAGACCGGGACGCACUCCAACUCCUAUCUAGACACCAGCAGGGUGUCCAUCUCCGUGUUGGUCCCGGGACUGCUGCUGGUGUUUGUCACCUCCGCCUUCACUGUAGUGGGCAUGCUUGUGUUUAUCCUGAGGAAUAGAAAACGAUCUAAGAGGAGGGACGCCAACUCCUCGGCGUCCGAAAUUAAUUCCCUACAGACAGUCUGUGACUCUUCCUACUGGCACAAUGGGCCUUACAACGCCGAUGGGGCCCACAGAGUAUAUGACUGUGGCUCCCACUCGCUCUCAGACUAGGACCCCGACCGAGGCAGAGCGGGGGAGCGGGAAGGCGAUGCCCCCACCCCGUCCCCCCGCCCCCCAGUCAUCCCAGGGGUCAGAGGAGCCCAGACUCAAGUCCAGCGCGCCCCAAGGCUUUAUGGACAUAAGUAAAUAAAUAACUAUGAACUCGCUCCACUGAGAGGGUUUGACCCCUUAACUCCCUCCUGGAAACAAAGAGCGGACUGUGGCGAGCUGGGAGAGCGCUGCCAAAUGGCUCUGUGCUGCGAGCUCCUUUUGAUAAAACCCAGCAGGGGCCCUGCUCAAAGAACUCGCCCUUUGCGGCGGAGCUGCUGGGGAAGGCUGCCGCGGCCCUAUACGUAUAUACACAUACCCACAUCUAUAUAGAGAGAUAGGUAUCUAUUUUUCCCCUGUGGAUUAGCCCCGUGAGGAGGGGGGCGUGACGGCUCCCUGUUGGCUAUGCAGGGACGGGCAGUUGCACGAAGGCAUGAAUGUAUUGUAAAUAAAUAACUUUGACUUCUGACAAAAACAAAAAGUGCUGCAUGGCUCGCAUGGAAACCGCGCGCGCUCCAGGGACGCUGCCCUCCUCGGCGACUGGAGACGGCGUCACGUUCACAGCACCCACCCUCUUACCUGAUAAGUCCCAUCGUAUCAAACUUUCUAUAAACAAAACACAGUAUAAUCAGAAAGUGCCAUUUCGCCAUUCUUUGUGAUCGGUAGGCAGUUCAGAGCGUACGUACGUUUACUGUGAAAAAAAAAAAUGUAAAGGUUUUAUUUAAGACAUUUGCAUGGCUAAUCAUCAGUCCAUUUUAUGAGUUAAAAAUGUAUUUUGUUGAGCGAAGUUUUUAUGGGUUGUUUUGGGUUCUUUCCUUUAUUUUGAUGGUGAUGUUUUUUUGUUUUGUUUUGUUUAUUUUGAGGGGAAUAUUUUUCUAUACAUAUCCAAUAAUGCCUUCCAUCUGAAUGUAAAAUAAGUACCCAUGAUUUCUAUUAUAGUAUCAGUGUAAUUAUUAAAAAAAAAAAGAUUUUGAGGCAGUUAAGCAUGACCAAUUAAUGUCAUUCUAGUGCUUAGGCUGCGAUCUUAUGGUAGCAAUUCUGUGCUGGUGUAAAUCUUACUUAUAAAGUAGGAAAAAAGAACUGAGGAAGCACGUGAAACUUACUAAUUCUAUUCGAGGAUUUUAUAAUGGCAUAUUUUUUCAGUAUUAAAGUGAAAAUGUUUUCAA